AUGACCGACAGCACUACCUCGGCCGCUGACAAGCUCGGCGCGAAUAAGGGUACAAACGCCAUUCCCAACGAGAACCCCUCCAUCAUCUCCUCCGCCGGUGCAAUUGGCAAGCAGUUCAACCCGGACGGCGCUAUUGGAUCCAUUGGCCAGGCAGUCGGCGGGCCCUUCAGCAAGGACGGUGUCAUCGGCUCGCAGUUUGACGCGAGUAAGGACGGUAUCGCGGGACAUGUUGAGCGCGCGGUUGAUGGUCCCUCCAAUCCGGCGGGGAGCGGCAAGAAGGCAUAG